GCUGGUGUGUGGGUGUCAAACGGAGCUAGACGCGGCGGCGGCGGAGGCGGCUGCGGCGGCGGCGGCGGGGGCUCCGCAAGCUCCGUUCGCUCCCGCCUCCUCAGCGCUACCGGCGGCCGCAGCGGCGCACCCGGGCAGGCUCGGAGGAGCGGAGGGAGGCUGGAGUAAGUUCACUCACCCCCCCACCGCCCUGACCCCGACCGACCUCAGUACCUGCCGUUUACAGACAAGACUGAGCCAGAGGCCCCUACUUUGUCGGAGGAGCGCAGGCUACAGUGAGCGUGUUUCUCUCUUCCUCCAGGUCAUGGCUUCUGGCCUCUCGGACCUGAGGCCCCAGCGGAGGACAUGACCGUCAGGGACCCUGCUUCAGGUCUGUUGCGGAGACCGAACCGUCACAGGGCACGAACUUGCCCAGGACAGGAAAGUCUCUCUCUCUGAAGGAGCUUUACAGUUUGUUGCCAAGAAAGUAAAAAUGGCGACUUCAUCUAUCAGACGGCAAAUGAAAAACAUCGUGAACAAUUACUCGGAAGCGGAGAUAAAAGUCCGGGAAGCCACCUCCAAUGACCCGUGGGGCCCGUCCAGCUCCCUGAUGACGGAGAUCGCGGACCUGACCUACAACGUGGUGGCCUUCUCUGAGAUCAUGAGCAUGGUGUGGAAGCGGCUCAACGACCACGGCAAGAACUGGCGGCACGUGUACAAGGCGCUGACGCUGCUGGACUACCUCAUCAAGACGGGCUCCGAGCGCGUGGCCCAGCAGUGCCGCGAGAACAUCUUCGCCAUCCAGACCCUCAAGGACUUCCAGUACGUCGACCGCGAUGGCAAGGACCAGGGCAUCAACGUGCGCGAGAAGUCGAAGCAGCUGGUGGCCCUCCUCAAGGACGAGGAGCGGCUGAAGGCCGAGAGGGCCCAGGCUCUCAAAACCAAAGAGCGCAUGGCCCAGGUGGCCACCGGCAUGGGCAGCAACCAGAUCACCUUCGGCCGCGGCUCCAGCCAGCCCAACCUCUCCACCAGCUACUCGGAGCAGGAGUACGGCAAGGCCGGCGGCUCGCCUGCCUCCUACCAUGGCUCGCCCGAGGCCUCGCUGUGCCCCCAGCACCGCACAGGGGCCCCGCUGGGUCAGAGCGACGAGCUGCAGCCGCUGAGCCAGCGCCACCCCUUCCUGCCGCACCUGGGGCUGGCCUCCCGCCCAAAUGGCGACUGGGCCCAGCCCUGCCUCACUUGUGACCGCGCAGCCCGAGCCACCUCCCCGAGGGUGUCCUCCGAGCUGGAGCAGGCCCGUCCCCAGACGAGCGGAGAAGAGGAGCUGCAACUGCAGCUGGCACUUGCCAUGAGCAGAGAGGUAGCCGAGCAGGAAGAGCGCCUCCGGCGAGGCGACGACCUCAGAUUACAGAUGGCCCUAGAAGAAAGCCGAAGAGACACAGUUAAAGUUCCUAAAAAGAAAGAGCACGGCUCCCACCCACAGCAGACCACUCUGUUGGACUUAAUGGACGCCCUCCCCAGCUCAGGCCCUGCUGCCCAGAAAGCAGAGCCCUGGGGCCGGUCAGCCUCAGCCAACCAGACAAACCCCUGGGGCGGGCCAGCGGCCCCAGCCAGCACUUCAGACCCCUGGUCAUCGUUCGGUGCCAAGCCAGCUGCCCCCGUCGAUCCGUGGGGCGUGCCCACCGGAGCCAGCACACACUCCAUCUCCAAGGGCUCAGACCCGUGGGCAGCGCCGCCGCAGCAGGCCCCCAGUGCCGGGAAAGCAGCCGACGCCUGGGCCGCAGCCUCGGCCGCGAAGCCUGUUUCUGCCGCUGGCGCCUUUGAUCUCUUCAGUAAUCUGAAUGGUACAAUUAAAGAUGACUUUUCUGAAUUCGACAACCUCCGAACUUCAAAAAAAACAGCUGAGGCGGUGGCCUCUCCCCCGUCCCAAAACAACGGAACGACAAGCCCCGACCCCUUUGAGUCUCAGCCCCUGACCGCCGCCUCGAGCAAGCCCAGCAGCUCCCGGAAAACCCCAGAGUCCUUCCUGGGCCCCAACGCGGCCCUGGUGAACCUGGACUCGCUGGUGACCAGGCCAGCCCCGCCGGCCCAGUCCCUCAACCCGUUCCUGGCACCAGGUGCAGCCGCAGCCUCGGCCCCUGUCAACCCCUUCCAGGUGCACCAGCCCCAGCCGCUGACGCUGAACCAGCUGCGGGGGAGCCCAGUCCUGGGGACGAGCGCGGCCUUUGGGCCGAGCCCAGGCGUGGAGCCCAUGGCCAUGGCCUCCAUGACCUCCGCGGCCGCACACCCAGCUCUGGGGGCCAGCGGCGCCUCCCUGACGCCACUGGGCCCCGCCGCGAUGAACAUGGUGGGCAGCGUGGGCAACCCCCCAUCGGCAGCUCAGGCCACCGGCACAACCAACCCUUUCCUUCUCUAGUGCCCGAGCCGGGGGGCCCACUGCAGAGCGCAUGCGCAGAGCACCUGUGCCUGAGGACGCCGAGCAGGGACUCGACUGCGAGGGGGUGGGUGUUAGGGCCGGCCGCUUCCGGCUUCCUGGUAAAAGGGUGUCCCUACGGCCCCGACCCCCAGACUCGAGCGGCGGCAGGCCUUCCCCCGGCCUGUAGCCCGACCCGGCCCCGUCGCCGCCCCGCGUCCCCCCCACCCCGAGCGUGAGGUCCUGGCUCCUGUGGAGAUUGGCCCGCUCUCUGGGGCCUUGGACGAGGUGGGGAGUUGGCGGUGUCGCCCACGCCCCGAACCUCAGCCCGAGGGCCUCUGGGACGCUGCCUGGCCCGGGCCUCGCUCGGCCGCCGUGGCUUUGCCCCCCACCUCCAGCCCUAGCAGGACCCCGGCGGUCCCAGGCGUGGGCGGAAGGAAGCACCGGCUCCACGAGGCGCUCAGCUUUUGGGGACGUGGUUGUGCAUAUUUUGUUUCCCUUUGACUCGUGUGUGAGUUCAAAGUCAACACCACCACCGUGGAGCAACUCGAAUUAAAUCCACUAGAGCAAGCUUUAAACUAAUCUGAGCAUAACCCCGCCACGUGGCUCUAUGCUUGUAUACGUUUGCACAUAUUUUGUUUAGUACAGUUUCAUAUUUGAGUUUGCAGAAUUAUCUAAUAGUCUUUUUUUGGCUAAUAUUUUUAUAACGUGGUUCUUAUUUAACUGUCUAGUUUUGAUAGAAUUUACCAGGUCUGGCUGAAUUAAGAUAUUGGCACGUGUCAUGUUAGUGGUUUAAAUCCUCUUAUUUAUGGUUUUAACUCUAAGAAAAUUUAAAUAGGGAGAGACAAAAAAAAUGCCUUAUGGAAAAACUAAAGCAGAUUCUUUAUAGGGAAAAAUAUGGGAAUUUGAUUACACAUAAAAGAUGAUGUUUAUUUAAGAAAAACAAAACCUGCAACAACAACAACAAAAUCCCAGCCUCCAGUUGCCUUUUCCUUUCUUUCACUCCCUUUUCUGGUGACUCCCCAAAUCGAUGGACUUGCAGCCUUUCGGGCUAGAUCCUGAGAGAGGCCACUUUUCUUACCAAUACGCCACUGUCAAGAAAGCGGAAGUAAAAAAAAAAAAACCAGUCCAGUGUAUGAAUGUGACUCACCAGUUUUCAUCAGCUCAUCCCCUUGGGAAACCGAAGGCUGCACAGAUGGGCAAGGACUCCCCUCUGCAGUGGAGAUCUGAAGCGGGGGAGGCGCCUUGAACCUUGUGUGUCUGUGAUCUCCUCUGUCUUAAUCUGCACUCAGGGUGGAGAUGGGGCCGGCGUGGAGAUGGCGGGAGUCUGGGGGUGCCCAGGGCUCCCUGCGGACGGCCUCUGGGCCCAGAGGGGUGAGGGGCCGGGACUGGCCCUGACCCACCCACCCACCUGCGAACUCCAGACACACACACUGCAGACUUAAUCAUCUCUUGCUUUGGAGAAGAGGGGGAAAAAGGUCAUUCUCACAAUAGAUUCUUAACAAACGUGCACUAAUCUUACCCCCCCCCACCUCCUGCUUUCCCCGCCCCACCCACCACUAUAAGAAAAGUAUGAAUUUGCGAAAUGAAGACCAGAAAGGAUCUGCUUCUCCCUGGGGAAGGGACCCCCACCCCCAUCCCCCAAUCCUGUGUCUGGUCAGCCUGCCUGGCGGGCAUUCCGGUCUUGCUUUCUGCCGGGCAUUCCGGUCUUGCUUUCUGCCAUGGACGGCUCGACCCCGACCCCAGGGCAGCGGACCCCACCCCGGCCUUCCUCCGCCCGCUCGCUGGCUCCAGGAGGAGAGGUGACCCUGGGCACCGCACAGGAGAGCUGUAAGAUGCCAGGAGGCGAGCGGGCGGAGUCACAACUGCCUGCUCAGGCCACCCCCGAGUCCUGUGUUUACCAGCUCCCCCGUGCUGCUCCCCCAGGCUGUUCUCCGGCCCCAGGAGCCGCCGAGGACCUGGGGCUGGACCGUGGGCCCCGGCCGAGUCUGGCCUCUUCCGACUUCUUCCACCAUGGGGGAGGGGGAGCCAGCGUGGGACUCGGUGGGUCGCUUCCCCAGGGAGGUGCUUUCACUCCUGUGGUGCGAGCCCGGAACCCCGUCGCAGGCCAGUAGACCAAACCUACCUACCUGGCCAGUGCCCCUUUUGUCACAGUCACGACCCCUUCCUGACGUGACUUUGAGGCCCCAACAUGAUAGCCACUGGGCCACCAAGGCCCCAGGAGACCCCGUCCCACCCCGGCCCAGGCGCCUCGUCCCUGUUGCCUGCUGCACUGAUCAUGAAGCCACCGGCCACUGCCUCGUGUGUAAGACACAUGCCAUCACGCCCCCUCCUGAUGGGCACCGUGGUAGGGGUGUCACCCAGCCGUUUUCUCAGUCCCAGGGGCCGGUGGCUGGUUUUGAACUUGUGUUGACUAUUGAUCCUUAUUUACUGUACAAAUAUAAUUUAUCAUUUGUAUCAUGA